AUGGCUAGUUUAGAAGAUCUCAUCCCUACGGCCAAUAAGCUGCAGGAUGUUAUGUAUGAUGCUGGCAUUGAUACCCUCGAUUUACCGGUAUUGGCCGUUAUUGGAUCUCAAUCAUCUGGAAAGUCUUCUAUUCUAGAAACGCUGGUAGGCAAAGACUUCUUGCCCAGGGGAACCGGGAUCGUCACAAGACGACCAUUAGUUUUGCAAUUGAACAAUGUUGCACCAAAUUCACCACUCAUUAAAGAGCACCACGGCGAGUUUGAGAGCUCUGUGACGCAGGCAAACGACAAUACCAGCGAACUGACGUUAGAGGAUCACUUGCGUAAGAACCAGGGCUUCGAGUCUGUUGACCGAAGUGAAUGGGGUGAGUUUCUACAUCUUCCAGGUCGUCGUUUUUACGAUUUUGCCGAGAUCAGAAAUGAGAUUCAAAACGAAACAGCAAGAAUUGCCGGCAAAAACAAAGGCAUCAGUCGUAUCCCCAUAAAUCUCAAGGUGUACUCUCCCCGUGUACUGAACCUGACCUUGGUGGAUUUGCCGGGCAUCACAAAAGUCCCCAUUGGUGAACAGCCGGCUGAUAUUGAAAGGCAGAUCAAAAACUUGAUUUUGGAAUAUGUUGCCAAGCCCAAUUGCAUUAUUUUAGCCGUGUCACCUGCAAAUGUUGACUUAGUAAACUCUGAGUCGCUGAAGCUUGCAAGGGAAGUGGAUCCCCAUGGGCGGAGAACGAUAGGUGUCAUAACCAAAAUGGACCUUAUGGACGGCGGAACGAAUGCACUAGACAUCCUUUCUGGUAAACUCUAUCCACUAAAACUAGGAUUUGUGGGUGUAGUGAACAGGUCACAGCAGGACAUACAAUCAAACAUAUCCGUGGAAGAGGCGCUCGAUAAUGAAGAGGCGUUUUUUGUUAGGCACCCCGUUUACAGGACGAUUAGCACUAGAUGUGGCACUCGUUAUCUGGCCAAAUUGCUGAAUCAUAUCCUCUUGAACCACAUUCGCGAUAAAUUACCUGAUAUAAAAGCCAGAUUAAACACACUGAUCGGACAGACCGAACAAGAAUUACAGACAUAUGGUGGAACGGGAGCCAUUACAAAGGAGAAUCGUGCAGGACUUGUUUUACAACUGAUGAACAAGUUUGCCGCUCGCUUUGUUUCUUCCAUUGAAGGAACUUCAACCGAUAUCGGAACAAAAGAAUUGUGCGGAGGCGCACGCAUAUACUUCAUUUACAACAACAUUUUUGGGAGUUCAUUGAAGUCUAUCAGUCCAACAGAAAACUUAUCAACUCGAGACAUUCAAACAGCCAUUCGCAACUCUACAGGGCCACGUCCUUCAUUGUUCGUUCCUGAGCUUGCUUUCGAUUUGCUCGUCAAACCACAGAUUCAACUUCUCUUGGAGCCUUCUGAGCGUUGUGUCGAACUGGUUUAUGAGGAGCUCAUGAAAAUAUGUCACAAUUGCGGUACGCCAGAACUAGCUAGGUACCCUAAACUUCAAGCCAAGCUGAUUGAGGUUGUUAGUGAGCUUUUACGCGAGAGACUAGGCCCAACACGCUCAUAUGUCGAGAGCCUGAUCGAAAUCCACCGUGCUUAUAUCAACACUAACCAUCCCAACUUUUUGAGUGCGACAGAAGUGAUGGCUGGCAUUGUCGAUGGUAGGAAAGGAGGAAAAGUUCAAUCUGCGAAAAAACCUGAUCUUGAGGAUGCAAGGCAAUCGAUUGCAAAGGAUCUCGUCAAAAAACAUAACGAAGAUAGCUCUCCUACCUUGACAUCCAUAAGCGAUAGCGAGAAAAACCGCUCAAGUGAAGCUUUUUCAGACGAUGAAAAUGAUUCCUCAAAGCAGUCGAAGGAUUCAUUUUUGAACUACUUCUUCGGAAAAGAUCAGCAGGGAAGCCACCAACUGAAUGGGUCUACAGAAGAAUACAACCUAAAUUCUAACAAGCAGCGUGUGACUGACCUCGCCGAGCUUGACAAGCUUCACUUAACCGAUGGGGGUCAGAACAUUGAGAAUUUGUUGCCUCAAAUGAGCGAGAGAGAACAACUGGAAUGUGAAUUGAUCAGCCGACUAAUCGUAUCUUAUUUUGGAAUUGUAAGGGAAAUGAUCCAAGAUCAAAUCCCAAAAGCCGUCAUGUGUUUGCUAGUCAAUUUCUCCAAGGAAAUCAUUCAAAAUCGCCUCGUCACGAAGCUUUACAAAGAGUCUUUGUUCGAGGAUUUACUAAUGGAGGAUCAAAACUUAGCUCAAGACAGGCAGAAAUGUGUCAAGUUACUCGAAACGUACAAAGCAGCCUCUCACAUCAUGAAUGAUAUUCUAUAA